UUGUGUGUCUUUAUGUUUCCCUCAGUGGAUGUUAUCGCGCAUUCUGUCGCUCUGAAUGAAGCUUUCUUUUUGGAUUUCCACCGCGCCGAGGCUGUUUCUGGGUGACUGCCCUUUCUUUACUUGUGAAGUCACGCGUUAUAAUUAUAUCGUCGUUAUCUUAUGAGCUCUAUUCAUUUUCUCAAGCGUUACUUGUCUUUAAUUUGUCCAACAAUGCCGCGGGUUUCUUGAAUCUGUGUUUUUAUUUCACAAGGACAAAUAGCGUGCGUUAAUUAUCGCGUAAAAGAGGAAAGUUGGGGGAGUCAAAGUUUUGGAGACUAUCGAUAUGGCUAUGGUGGCGUGGAGAAACACCGAGGGCGUCGGGGACACUCAGGGGACCCUGUCCUCCCCGGUGUCCCAGGUCGCAUCUCUGUCCCUGCCUGGGGACCUGACGGGACACAUGAACCCUGCACCCUCUCUGGAAAUACCCCCUCCGGCAGCAGCAGCACCCCAUGGCGCACCACCGCCCAAUCCGUCCAGCACCACCGCCACCAAUAACAACAACACCUCCUCGUCCUCGUCCUCCUCCUCGUCCAUGGACAAGCAGCAGAGCCAGCAGAUCGAGUGCAUCGUGUGCGGGGAUAAAUCUAGCGGGAAGCACUACGGACAGUUCACAUGUGAGGGAUGUAAGAGCUUCUUUAAACGCAGCGUCAGGAGGAACCUGAGCUACACCUGCAGGGCCAACAGGAACUGUCCCGUAGACCAGCACCACCGCAACCAGUGCCAGUACUGUCGCCUCAAGAAAUGCCUCAAAGUCGGCAUGAGGAGGGAAGCUGUCCAGAGAGGCAGACUCCCCACGCAGUCCUAUCACGGCCAGUUUGCUCUGACAAACGGAGACCCUCUACAGUGUCACUCCUAUCUAUCGGGAUACAUCUCUCUGCUGCUGCGGGCCGAACCUUACCCGACCUCCAGGUUCGGCUCUCAGUGCCUGCAGAGCAACAACAUCAUGGGCAUCGAGAACAUCUGCGAGCUCGCGGCCCGAAUGCUGUUCAGCGCCGUGGAGUGGGCCCGCAACAUCCCCUUCUUCCCGGACCUGCAGGUGACUGAUCAGGUGGCCCUGCUCCGACUCACCUGGAGCGAACUGUUUGUCCUGAACGCCGCCCAGUGCUCCAUGCCCGUCCACGUCGCCCCGCUGCUGGCAGCCGCCGGCCUGCACGCCUCUCCGAUGUCCGCGGACCGGGUGGUGGCCUUCAUGGAUCACAUCCGGGUCUUCCAGGAGCAGGUUGAGAAGCUCAAGGUGCUGCACGUGGAUUCAGCAGAGUACAGCUGCAUCAAGGCCAUCGUGCUCUUCACCACAGAUGCUUGUGGUCUGUCGGACGUGGCACAUGUGGAGGGUCUGCAGGAGAAAUCCCAGUGUGCUUUAGAGGAGUAUGUGAGGAGCCAGUAUCCCAACCAGCCUAACAGGUUCGGGAAGCUGCUGCUCCGCUUGCCUUCCCUCCGCACCGUCUCUUCCUCUGUCAUAGAGCAGCUUUUCUUCGUCCGUCUGGUGGGGAAAACACCCAUAGAAACUCUGAUAAGGGACAUGUUGCUGUCUGGAAGCAGCUUCAACUGGCCUUACAUGCCUAUUCAGUAGAGGGGAAAAAAGCUACAGCGGUGCUUCUAAGGUCAGGAAAGGUCCCACAGCUCAAAACAAGUCGUUUCAGUCUGUAAAAUUUCGAUCUUCGAACAAGGGAACAACUGCCAGUGGAAUGUUAAUUACAAAUUAUCUGAAUUCAUUAUUUUUCAUAUACCAACUGUCAUUCUCUUGAUACUAGAGGAGAGAUCUGCCUUAUGUUGCAUCUGUGACUAGAAAUAAAUUAACCGUUUGGCCGACAGUUAAAAAUUUGACCCCACUGGCUGAAUUUUUCACUUGUUCGAAGCCAAACAGCAUUUCCUGACAUGAAAUGACUGGUUGAUGGACAUUUUUUUUGCAGUGUGGCGACCACUCACAGUCUAUGGUUUUUGGGAUAACAAACAAUAUUUAUUGGACCCUGUGUGUAUAUUUAUCGUGCUUGUAAAUUAUGUUUUUGGCUCCUUUUUGUAAAUGUUUUACGUGUUUUUGCCCCAGCAAGUGAGAAAACUGCAGGGAUUGUCUUGUGUCGAUCUGUUUUUAUCUUUUUGUUUGUUUGUUUGUUUCAUACCUUCCAGACAUGGCACUUUGGUCUAAAGGAACAUUUCAGAAAGAUUUAACACGGGUGAAACCCAUCUGACUUUAAUCUAUUUGCUCAAAAUGUGUACAGACCGAAUGGUGAGAUUAAUGCUCUGCUUUAGUUACUUUGGAGUUUUAUUCUAUCUCAACAUACAAAGAAUGAAACAAGAAAGAGCAAAAACUAUUUGGAAAAUGCACUUCUCGUGAUCAGUGUUAGGUU